CUCCAACACCGGUUAUUAUUUCAGGCAAUGUCUGACGUUCUUGCUUUCCAGAGGUCUGGACGUAAAUUCUCAGACGAUAGCGGGCGAAACCUUGCUCACAUCGCUGAUAUUCAAAUGGCACCCGAACCUAACACCAGAGAUAAUAGAUUACCUGCUAAAGAAUGGAGCAGACCCGAAUUUACCAAAUAAACGCGGUGGGACUCCGCUUGGAUACACGUUGCUGUCCACGAGGUUUGAUGACGGUGGUGGUCCAUUUAGAAAGGUCUACAAGAUGUUGUGCACGCUGAUAGAGAAUGGCGGGAAUGUUAAUCAAGAAGCUGUGAUACCGGGUCGAAGAUUAAAGAAUCUUUUGUGGUUGCUGGUUGAUGUCAGUACAAAUUUGAAGAUCGAAGAACAAAAAAAGAUAUUAGAGUUGCUACUAGAAUGGGGAGUGGACGUGAGAGGUUUAGAGGGUGGGGAAGAGGAGAGUGGCAUCUUCGGGAAUGAGAUAUUUAACAAUUACGUGGAAAUGACGGCGAAUAAAGGAGAUGAUGAAGAACGCGAAGAAUUGUUAUACGACGAUCAUAUUGAAGUUUCGUCACAGGAUGAAUCGAGUGCCGCCGGAGUUGGAGACUUUGGUGUUGACGACGAUCUUUAUUAUGAUAUGAGGUCGAAGCCGAGGAAUGUCGAACGCUCAGCAAAGUCAGCGACACUUGGUACGACGUCACAAACCCCGACCGCAGGCGCAUCCUUAAAAUUUCCUUCAUCGCAAGUAAAGGCACACACACAGUCAAAAUUGUUAUUAACUACACAUAACGUGCCCCUAUCAUUGCUGAAGCCGCACACACGAACUUCGUCGCAAUCAACAUCGCACACUUCACCCUCCUCCCCCACAUCGAAUUACCGAAUCGACCCAUCCCUAACUGAUCUGACAGCGUCACAGGGAAAAACUCUGGUCGUACAAACAUUCACUCCUUCGAAACCUUUGAACGCGAUGGUUUAUGCUGUACAACUAAAUCGGCAUGAGAUGGUGAAAAUUUUGUUGGAGCGGAUCUAUGAAUUCAGCGAAAUGAAGAGUUUGUUGGUUGCACUGAAAGAAUGCGGAAUUUCAAGAGACGAAAGUUUUGGAAAUAGGAAGGGGGGAAAUAUCUUUGCUGGAUUCUUUGGUAACGCCGCCGGAUUUCUGCGGCACAACAAAGGAUACAAUGGGCACAGUGAAAUUAUAAAGUACCUGCUGACUUGGGUUAGUGAUAACGAUGAGAAAAGAAACAAAGUAUUGAUAAGAACGGAGAAGGCCAAAUUAAAAUGGCGGGAUAAUUCCAGAAGAGAAAAUUCGUCCAAAGGAAAAUCAACAGAAAGGGAAAUUGACUUCACCAAGUUUAAUGGUUACGGAAGGAAGAGCUUGGAUGAGAGAACGAAAAGGAAGAAGGUUAAUUUUGAGGAGAAUGUUAAAUCAAAGAGUCUUUUAUAG